AUGACCGCACAUGUUGGUGACUUUGGGUUAGCACGAUUUCUUCUUAAUGCUAGUAUUUGUAACUCUGCACAUCACAUAAGUAGUUCUAUUGGACCAAGAGGAUCCACUGGUUAUGUUACGCCAGAGUAUGGCAUGGGAAGUGCACCGUCGACACAUGGGGAUGUAUAUAGCUAUGACAUCGUAUUGUUGGAAAUGUUUCUUGGAAAGAGACUCACUGAUGAGAUAUUUAACGGUAAUUUGAACCUUCAUAACUAUGUGAGGACGAUUACUUUGCUUGAAACAGUGACGAGUGUCGCUGAUCCAAGACUUCUCCAGUCUGAAGAAGUGGGAGAGACGAGCAUAAACCAUUGGCGUUAG